AUGCCUGUCCCCAGCUACAACGCCAUGCCUUUGAGCAAGAUGUUCCUUGGCGCCCGUGUUCUCCAGGCUAUCUGCAUGAUCUUGGUCAUUGGCAUCUGCUCCAACUUCAUCCAGAUGAUUGUCACAACUGGUGUUGAGCCACCCAAAGAGUUCGUCGGUACUCUGAGCGUGACAUGCAUCGCUGCUCUCUACAUCAUGGUCAGCGUAGGCUACUACUGGUCGCAAGCCAACCUCGGCCUCCUCGUCAUGACCGGUGUCGACUCUCUCCUUCUCAUCGCCUUCAUCGUCUGCGCAGUCACUCUCGGAAAGCCCAUGUCGUUCCUUAACUGCUACGUCAUCGGCAAGUCAUCCGCAGAGAUCGAUGCUCAAUACGCCAACGCCUUUGUCACUGCGACAGUUGAGAACCUCAACAAGUCCACUUCCAGCUUGGGCCACUGGGCCGGUGUCACACGCAGCAACUGCUUCCAGGCCAAGACUGUCUGGGGUAUGGCUAUCGCUCUCUGCGUACUCUUCACCGUCUCAUGCGCUCUUCUCCCCACUCUCUGGUACAAGAACAACAUGAAGAAGCCCGCCAAGACCGUCGAGGACGCCUAA